GCAUACAAAAGACGAGGUGAAGAUAGAGCAAAGGAUGCAUCUCUCGCAAUGAUUAUCGCCAAACUAUAUGCCGCGCCGCGUCUCGCCUCCUUCCCGCUACAAGUCUCUCCUUAUGAUGUCUUUGUCAACUCUAUGCCGACUCCUCGCUGUGCUCGUCCGCUUCGCUUGCUCGAAUGAAGUCAGCUCUACUGCAGGACCAAAGAACGAAGACCAAACUCAACUGCGCCUCGGAUCAAUCGCACGCCUCCCCCCACCCGACUCUGACGAAGAGAAAAAGUCAGCGAGCAAGAAGGAUGAUGAUACUAAAAGCAAAGAGACGAGAAGGAGAAUGAGAACGACAGCAAGGAAGACGACGAGGAUGAAGGACGACAGGGAGAUCGCAGGCGAGAGGACAACAGCGAAAGCAAGGAGAACACAUAGCGACACGAACCUAAUCUUCCUUGAGCGAAUACACCUUGAAAAAUAGAUGCAACGCGCCAGCGCGGAGCACCUUAAAGUUGGUCGGGAAGCGGAAGUCGGC